CCGUGUUUAAAGUCGUUUGUGAGUGUCUGGCGUGUAGCUCGGACAGCUGUGGACUAUUGCAUCUCAAGGAUAUUGAUUUUAAUGUUUUAUUAAACAAAAUAAUAAAUACGAAAAUACAGAGGUUAAGCUUUGUGCAGCUGGACAACUGAAUUGAUAGCAUCACUGUGUUUCUUCGGGCAGAUCAUGGACACCUCUGCAGCAACCGGAGUUCCUCAUCCCUACUGGCCACGGGACCUUUUUAUUCCCACCUAUGUCGCCAAUGACCGAUCCAUGAAAGAGAUCCUGGUGUUUCUGUUUUCCGUGUCCGGGGUGUUUCUGCUCGUGACGUGGCUGAUCACCGGCCAGAAGGUGGCCGGGGGCCGGCUGGGGACAUGGAGGCGGCUGGCCCUGUGCUGGUUUGCCGUUUGCGGCUUCAUCCAUGGUGUAAUUGAGGGCUGGUUCUCACUGUACUAUGACAUCAUUCCAGGGGACCAGAGCUUCCUGUCACAGCUGUGGAAAGAGUAUUCCAAAGGAGACAGUCGAUACGUAAUAGCUGAUAACUUCACCGUCUGUAUGGAGACCGUGACUGCUUUGUCGUGGGGGCCAUUCAGCUUCUGGGCUGUGUUUGCUUUCCUAACUAACAAGCCCUACAGAUUUGUUCUGCAACUCAUCAUUUCAUUAGGUCAGCUGUAUGGAGUGGUGCUGUACUUCUUCACAGAGCACAGAGAUGGCUACGCUCACAGUGAGUUGGGACAUCCCAUCUACUUCUGGUUCUACUUUGUGUUCAUGAAUGUCCUGUGGGUCGUCAUACCGCUGGCGCUCAUUGUGGAUGCGUGGAGGCAGAUGUCCACAGCCCAGGCGCACACAGACAACACAAAGUCACACAAGUCCAAGAGGAACUGAGCGGCAACAGGCAGAGCUGAUUAAGGGACUAUGGGACGCUGACAACAGGAGAUACAUAGGGAAAGACGAUUGGGGACAGCAUACACUGCAUUGAUUUAAUACAAAAAGAUGAUGCAAAAGUUGGACCUGCCUCAUCUAAGCUUUGUCAUGCUGUACCUACUUCAUUGUAGGUUAACUUGAAAACAAAAAAUGCAAACUAUGAAAUUUAUUUUUAAAGUGCAACUUGUUCCUUGUGCAUAUGAUAAUAAAGUUUGGAAUUUUUUCCCUCA